AUGACAACAAAAAUAAUUUAUUUCAUGGUUAACGGAAGGCUGGAGCAGGCAGAGUUUGGAGCUGACUGCUCUGCUGCAGAUGUCAAAGAUCUGUUUCGGGCAGCGGCAGAGGCGGGGCCUCACCACAUCCUGAAGAUGUACAACUCUAACGGCAGCGUGGUGAACAUCUCCCCCCGGCUGGAGGCCAACAGCAAGGAAUCAUACUACCGACUGGAGGUGGUGGCGUCAGACCUGCAGAGUGUGGCGAUGCCACCAGAGCUGGACAACAUGGAAUACAGGUUGAAUCAUCUGGAGAGCAAAGUUGCCGAAGACGUGGGAAAGACUCCGGGCAUCAUCUGUGAGCUGAAGAGCCACGUGGAGUCUUUUAAGAGGAAGCUGGAGAGUGUGGAGCACCUGAGCUGGAUGGGUCUGUUCAAGAACGAUGGCGACGAGCAGCUCUCCAAGUUCUCCCCGAAACCCAGAACGCCUCAGCUGAGCGUGCAGGAGGAACGCCAACAAGUCCGCAGGACCUUCCUCAACAUGAGCUCGCUGCAGGUGACAGAGGAAGUGCGAGAGCAUCUGAAAACUCCCAUUUUUGACAACUGGCAGUGGGAGGAGGCAGAGAUGCUGGUGCUCCUGCAGGUGAUGUACACUGACCUGGACUUCCUGACGGCGUUCCACAUCGAGCUGAAGGUACUGCAGAACUUCCUGUUUGAGGUCUACUGCCACUACAACAACAUCCCCUUCCACAACUUCCAGCACUGCUUCUGUGUCACCCAGAUGAUGUAUGGGCUGAUUUGGCUGACAGACCUCAGGAAUAAAUUAGGAAGAAUCGACCUGUUGAUCAUGUUGACCUCAGCUCUGUGCCACGACCUCGACCACCCCGGCUACAACAACGUUUACCAGAUCAAUGCUCAGACUGACUUGGCUCUUCGAUACAACGAUAUUUCACCCCUGGAAAACCACCACUGUGCCGUGGCCUUUAGCAUCCUGUCCAAGCCAGAGUGCAACAUCCUCAAAAACAUGAGCAGUGAGCAGUACAAACACAUCCGAGGGGGGAUGAUCAAAUGCAUUCUGGCCACCGACAUGGCAAGACACAACGAAAUCCUCAACAAGUUCAAGGUGAUGCAGCCGGUGUUCGACUUCACCAACAAGGACCACAAGGAAGUGCUGAUGAAGAUCAUGGUGAAGGUGAGCGACAUCUCCAACGAGGCCAGGCCGAUGGAGGUGGCCGAGCCCUGGCUGGACUGUCUGCUGCAGGAGUUCUUCAACCAGAGUGACACAGAGAAACUCAAAGGGCUUCCAGUGACUCCAUUCAUGGACCGAGACAAAGUGUCCAAACCGUCGUCUCAGACCAGCUUCAUCCGAUUUGUUCUCCUGCCGCUCUUCACCGAGCUCACCAAGCUCUUCCCCUGUCUGGAGCAACACAUUCUGGAGCCGGUGCGAAGGGCCCUGGAGUACUACUCUGACAUGGAGAGAGCCAGCAAAGACGAGGGGGGGCCCACCAAGGCAUGAGGAGGAAGAGGAGGUGUCCCAUGUUCAGUCCAGAGAUGUGUUCAUUUCACACACCUCUUAGUUCAGACCAUUCUAUCCUGCAGCAGCGUGUUAGAACUACAGCUCAACAUGUCUGACAUUAGUAGGGAGCUGAAGGCAUAGUUUCUACAAUGUAUGUGAUGGUUAGAAAAAAAAAAGACAAAAAUGUACUGUGUGCGAGCUGGGGUACGGCUCCUCCCACUUCCUGACGGAUGUGGUCGACUGGGGGCGGGGCUGUUCGCAGCCUAGGUAUUAUGGGAGCAACAUAAAAGACCCGCCCACCAUGAUGGCAGCCAGUGAGUAAAACCACAUUGCCUUUUGACAGAAACUCGUUAA